CCCAGUGUCAACCAGGGCUGUGGAUCUGUUAGCCGACAGUUUUCAGCCAGGCCCAGCGCAGUGCCCGAAGAUAUAGAGAUCCACUUCCCGGCCGUUUAAGAGAUUUCCUUUGGAAGAACCCGCACCACUGGUCUCUUGAAAACACGGGGACCUUGCUUCCUCUAAGGCUUAAUGAAAUACAUCGUCCGGUACCCCCAACGAGAAUGGACGAUUGCCUCCGGCAAAUCAAAUUUGAAGCGACGACUUGAUGUUUGAGGAGGAUUGAGGAAUACACUCAUUGCGUAAGGAGACAUGACGCAACAAACUUUAUGGGAUCUCCUGGGGAUAUACAACAACUUCAACGAGCCUGAGCCGUCAUGGAACAAGGCUUCGACCCUCAUACCGACGGUCAUCGUGUUUCUGGUAUUGACUUGGUUGUGUGUGAUAUUUCGGAUCUACACUCGUUUUCGAAUCAUUUAUUCCCCUGGAUUUGAUGAUCUAUUCGUAGUACUUACACUGGCAUCGGGCACAAUCGGCUCCAUUUGCGUUUGUCUCGCAACUCAAAGUGGAUUUGGGAAACAUUUCUUGACAUUAACAUAUGCCGAGAUGCAGAUGUACUUGAAGCUAUUUUACGUUGCAAACGCCACGUACUCGAUGUCGACAUGUCUAGUGAAACUAGCACUGCUCCUCCAGUACCUACGCAUAUUCAAAGACGGCCCAUUGCGAUUUGUCACCAUCAUUGUUAUGACUUUCACUGCUUUAUGGGGAACAGCAUAUGCGUUCAUGGCAUUCACUCCAUGCUUUCCUGUACGAGCAUAUUGGAAUCCUUUAUCAAUGACAGAUGCGACGUGCUACGCCUAUGGUGCAACAACUUCAGAUGCGUUUUAUGGCACAUAUUCUAGCGCAUCGGCUAUCAACAUGAUUCUCGAUAUCGCCGUUCUUGCAAUACCAGUACCACUCUACUUCCGAAAAGACACUCCCGCUCGAGCGAAGAUGGGGUUGCUCGGGCUUCUUUUCAUGGGGGGACUUGUCAAUUUCCUCUCCAUCUGGCGGACGGCUACGAUUGUCGAUCAUAAGGCGACUACUUCACCAACAUUUGACCCGACCUGGUAUGGCCCGAUCAGUGUUCUUCUUGCUACAUUGGAAGUCGAUAUUGCAACGAUUUGCGCAUCUGUGCCAGUGUUCUGGCCGGUUUUGACCUCCAAGCUUGAUAAGAUUUUCGUCACUAAGGAGAUCCAAAUUGAGAGAGCACAUCGGUUCUCAACCAUUGACGAUGAAUACGAAUUACAGCGGCAGACGAGUGGAGAGGGAGGUUUUGGGGCUCAUAGUCGUGGUACAAGCCAGUCCAGUCUGCAUCGGGCUGAUUCGAAAGGGGUACAGACAACGACCAAGAACGCACACUACAAGGAUAGAUACAUAAUGGCCCAGGUCGACCCAUUGAGUGUUGUUGGUAAGGUCGAAUCAGAGAUCACAUCGCAACCAUUGGGAAGAAAGCAGUCAAGGGCCGCCCUAUAAGAGCUCGACCGUUUGUGUAUUCACACGGAAAAUAUACCCUUUUGUUUUACCUAAUAGGUCGCAAGUCAUCGGUUCUUGGACCAUUCAUCAAUAUGUCGCGUGUAGUGUUCUUGAUAGCAAAACUGACUGGCAGCAGCUAUGAAUGAUUGUCAAAGCCGUUGCCAUGCACGACGGAGAUGGGACCCAAGGCGGCUUCACUGGUGGGGAUGUGACAACGCAUACCACCAAUCGAUGGAAACAAGCAAUGGUGAAUAAUAGGAGGUAACUUAAACCGAAUCGAGGACCCAGUUCUCCGCGAACAGCUUGCUGAAACUGCAGCUGCAAGCUAAGGUUAAAUAUUUGAGUGAACGUUGUUUGACGUAGUCAUUAAGUUUGCGGUUCGAUUAG